ACACACCUGCACACACCUGCCAGCUGCCGCACACUGACGGCUCUCAGUAUGGCUUCAGGACCUCUCCGCUGGUCUCAGACAGUGAACUGGACAUCUCCAGCCUCUCCAGCUUGGAGCUUUGCAUCCCACCACCUUCACCCUUCAGUAGCCCCGCCCCCCACUCUGGCUGGAUCAACAGAACCACAGAGAUGGGCGUUCUCAGAUCUGAUGGUACCGGCUGUAAGUCUUUCAGAGAUGUGAAGAGUUCUGACAGACGAACCCGUAGAGGCUCUGCGUCAGCUGGGAGCCCACAGCACAGCUGUCACAGUCACCGGGUGAAGAGCUCCGCCUCCUCAACACAACCCAAGGGGAUCCUGAAGCAGCCGGUCUCACCGGGUCGGGACCACACACCUGACAACCUCAGGAAGUCAAAGUCUGUGGAGCUGCUGGAUGCCCUGCAGACCCGGUUGUUGGACUGGGCGGAGCUUCCAGCAGAGCAGCGGACAUCAGCUCCGCCCCCCUCUGCAGCUCCGCCUCCAGCCGGUACAAACACCUGGAACUGGAAGAUGCAGGUUCUAGAAGAGAAGGUGCGCUUCUCCAACUUUUUAGACGAGAUCACCUGUCGGGUGUUGAGCCCCGCCCACCUUUCACUGCUUGGCAAGUCACCUGCCAGACAACAAGAUGGCCACUCCCCCCACAAUGGCCGCUGUCUUCCGAACCAGCAGGGACAGUGUGCUGACCGGACCCGGCGCUGGGACAGCUGGGUGGCCUCGCUGCAGCGACCCAACAGUUGCUACAAUCUUCCACAGAAACACAGGACGAGGCAUGAUGAUGUCAUCAGCCAGGGGGCGGGGCCUGAAUACAGCAAGGUGACCAGAAGAGUAAAGCUGCAGGUUGAGGAGAACAAAGGAGCUCAGAAACACAGACGUCCUGUGUCCAAUCUGUCUCUUCUGUCUCACAAGGAGGCCUUAUCAGACUCCGACAGGAUCAGAAUCCUUCAGCAGCAGAAUGAGGACCUGCGGCGGCGCCUGUCGCUCUCCACUCACAAGAUGGAGGCCAUGGAGGCGGAGUUUGAGGGCAGUCGUCACUACAUGGAAGCAGAGCUCAGUCAGACCCGAGACGACUUGGACAAGAUGAGGGACAAGUUCCGCAGACUUCAGAACAGCUACACAGCAUCUCAGAGAGCCAACCAAGACCUGGAGGAGAAGCUCCACGCUCUGCUACGGAAGGUGGAGAGGGACAAAAAGACGAUGGACCAGGAGAUCGUGGAGCUGGCCAACAAACUACUGGACGCCAAAAACACCAUUGACCGACUGGAAGAGCUGAAUGAGCGUUACAGGCAGGACUGCAACCUGGCUGUUCAGCUGCUCAAAUGCAACAAGUCUCAUUUCAGGAACCACAAGUUUGCUGAUCUGCCCUCAGAGCUGCAGGACAUGCUGAACAAACACAUGAAGAGCAGCCUUCCGGAGCGAGGCCCCACCCCGUCUGCUCAGGACCCAGACACCCUCAGUUUGACCCCAGCUGACGUGGUGCCAACCUCUGUCAUAGCCCGGGUCCUGGAGAAACCCGAGCCUCUGGUUCUGAACUCGGCCCAGUCCAGCAGCUGCGGCCGGCCCGUAGCCGAGGAUGUCUUUGUGCACGUGGACAUGACUGGUCCUGCAGGCACCGAGGCCCGGGAGAAUGGGGGCUCCCAGGACGCCGGACAGCAGAACGGCUCCUGUCGCAGUCAGACCAGCUUGGAUGAAGAGGUGGGCGGAGCCUCGCCCUUCGAGAAGCUGAACCCGUAUCCGCCGCCGCCUCCUCCCCACGCGCUCUACCCUGGCCGCAAGGUCAUCGAGUUCUCCUCCGACGACAAGGUGAAGAUCCCCAAAAACUCCCCGCUGCCCAACUGCACCUACGCAACCCGGCAGGCCAUCUCUUUAAGCCUCGUGCAGAAUGAUGACGAGCGGCUGCCUCCUGGAAGCCCUGCCCCCUCUUCAUCGUCCUGCGGUGGGGGCGGAGCCAACCAGCGCACACCACCAUCACAGCGAGACGCCACCAGUGAGCCGCUGUCUAGCCAGUCCAGCCCUUUCAGCAGCCCGCCACAGGCACCGAGCAUCCCAGCCAGCUCUGGGAGCUCUGAGGAGGACCUGCUGGCCAACUGGCAGCGCAUGUUUGUGGAGAAGAUGGCUCCGUCCUGUGACAGCUCUCUGAUGCACCGCACGUCAUUCAGCAGUCAAAUGGCCCAGGAGCUGCAGAGGAGGAGCCAAACUGCAGGGGCGGGGCCUUCUACGUCCUCGGACCACCACAGAGUGGCCUACUCAGAUGGGGAGGAGGGAUCUUCUGCACGCAGCUGGACACCCAGCCGCGGCUCCAGUCUGGACACCGACACAGACACGGAGCCUCGACCCGGCAGGAGAGGACGGCUCGGUGUCCAGGAGGGGUCUGAGGAGGCGGAGCAGCAGCUGCUGGACCUGGACCACCAUGACCCUGGCAGCAGAGCUGUAGCUGUGGCAGCCAGCCCUGCAAACCUGCACCGGAAAGAGGAAGAGGAUGAUAGCUCAUCUGAAGAGCGAGACGUCCUGCCCAGUGAGCUGCCCGUCAUCUCGUCACGCCUCCUGGAGUUUGACCCCGCCCCCUGCGCCGCCGCCACUCAACAUCGACCACAGAAAAGCCCCAAGAGGAUGGGCGUGCACCACCUGCACCGCAAAGACAGCCUGACCAGAGCCCAGGAGCAAGGCAAUUUGCUGGACUGAAACCUUACUGUGUCUGUAGCAAGUAUUCAACAGGGCCCACCCAUCCAGGAAAUAGCCAUACCUUACUGUAUGCUGCCAGUCCACCGCCUGAUCCGAUGUGUGGUUCUGACCCGGAUCAGCUGAGAAUACAUUAGUAAACCACACGGGCUAUGCUUUGUUUACAGACAGAGAACAGGUUCCACCAACAGGUCUGCUUCAGUGUGUUUUAACAAUAAUUAAAGGUACAGGUGACAUCAGAGAGGCUGGCAGGUGACCAGGUGCUCCAGGUGCUCCUCAACAGUACAGGCUGGUUCAUUAACCAGGAACAAUCAGGCCUUAAAGCUCAUCAUGUGACCCAGACCUGAGACCUGUCAUGGUGUGUGAGGUGAAGUCAGCAGCUUCCUGCAGCAGCAGUGGUCUGAGCACGCUCAGUUUGAGGCUGCUAAACAACCACAACUUCAUCAAACAAGAUUAGAGUUAGAAAAAUGUUCUGAUCUGAAUGUGUCCCUGUAGACAGGUUCACUUCAAAAUGUUUUCAACAAACCAUACAGGCCUGUCCUGUUUUGAUGCUAACACAUCGUCUAGUUUUUUCUGUUUGUUUCCUGCACCCAGUCCCAUCUGAUCUCAUUAUUUAUAAAUGCUGUUACAGUCAGUGGAUACAGGCUGAUUAAAACCUUUAUAAACUUAAAUGACUUUCAGACAUUUCUCCUGCCCUAAUAAUUGCUGACAUUAGAAUAAAUUUAUUGUAUUUAA